UGCAAAACAAUGACAUUUCCGAUCAGAACACACAGCGCAGAGCGCUAAUUGCUGAUGGCCAGCUAGAACAAAGGGUUGUGGACAAAGUGAGAGAAAACGAAGACAACCUGCUUGAAAGGGAAAGCAAACAAAUUCAGACAAAAGCUGCUGCAACUGCCGAGGCUGCUAUCAUGAUGAGAAUCGAAGAAUUUGCCAAAACUCUUUCAGCCAAAAGUGCGACCAACCAAAGCCAUAGUAGCGCACAAAUCGACCUGAGCACUUUGGCUCUGGUUAAGGAAUAUGUCUACAAAUACAUUACAAUGGACAUUCCUAUAGAUGUGAAGCGCUGGUACACUUAUGUCAGAAAACAAGUCCAGCGUCUGAAUUUACUGGAGCAGGAUGACCCACUUUUGAUUCAGUUCAUCAGAGAACAGCUUUUGGUGCCGCCGUUUAUAAAAGAGCCUGAGUCGAAGGCUAAGAAAAAGCCUGGAAACUAUUCCAAGGAUAUUUCCUCUUUUUUGGAAAUUUUCAGGAACAAAGAGAAAGGAUUCUUUGUGGAAAUCGGAAACAAUUUCACCAAGAGUCAAAUUUUUGAGGCUGACUUUAGUUGGGAGGGAGUUUUGAUUGACAAAGACCCGGACAGUGUCAACAAACUACUUGAUAAAAAAAGAAAAGCGUGGAUUGUCCCGACAUGCUUGAGUCUGAAGAGCACACCGGAGAUGGUUAUUUUUGUCAAUACAACUAGGAAAGAAGCAAACAGAGAAAUAAUUGAAAUUCACUGCAUGCCAAUCAAUACCAUUUUUGCUUCCCUCAACAUUUCAAGAGUUGAUUAUUUGCACCUGGACGUCCACGGAAGGGAAAACGAGGCAUUCACAAGACUGAACCUUACCUCAUUUCCAGUCCACGUGGUUGAAAUCGGCAAGAGUGCAGACCAGAAAGAAAAAAAUUUGCUAAAAAAGCACUUGGAGUCGGCAGCUUUCAAAUUGCUCGCUCUCAAGAACGAAACGGACAGGCUGAUCUACGUAAAUCCUGCGAACGCCAAAUAAUUAACUCACCUCAGUCAUCCCAGAUCACUUCAUCCUCCAAGGACGGAGUGACAGAUUGGGCUUUGUCAAUCAGUCGAGUGCCCACUUCAUUCCUGUUUCUUUUAUUCAGCCUCCCCUUCUGCGUGAGGCCCUUUUUCGGCGACUCCAUAAUGCCAAAAUCCCAAAAUCCUGCAAACAUUAUUCAUUUUUAGUAAAUUAAUUUUUGAUAAAAUAUUUUAAUAAACCUUCAGGUGUGUUUCCAACAAGAGGCUUCACUUGUCGGUGUUUGCUGCACUUGUUGAUGAACUCCCUUUUUUCUUGAGUACUCAUGUCAUCACAGAAAUUGUCAUAGAACUAAAAUGUAUAA